GUUUAGCGUGUAUGUUGGGAAUGAUAUGAUUUUGAUAGAUAAUAUGAUUUUGACAUCUCUAAAUACAGAUGUCUAUAUAUUAGAAAAAUAGGUUCGUUCAUGUGUACUGUAGAUAACUAGACACAUACAAAGCCAGAAGAAGGUAGUGAUUAGAAAGUAAAAACUAACAUGUGGAGGACUAUUUUGAACGUUGCUUUGCUAGCUUUUCUAGUUCAUGCAGUUGUGCUUCAAGCUCUGGAUCAAUCAGGGUUCAUCAGCAUAGAUUGCGGAGCCUUGCCCAACUCUACUGAUUGGAAAGACAUACAAUAUAUUUCAGAUGUCGGUAUCAUUAGCAGUGGUGUAGCUAAAUCAGUGAGUUCUGACUCCAUAAGUUACUUCAAACAUAAUCAACUGUGGACUCUGAGAAGCUUCCCGGAAGGAAGAAGAAACUGCUACAAGAUAAACAACAUCACAAUAGGCUCCAAAUAUCUGAUCCGCCUUGAGUUUGCGUACGGAAACUACGACGGGAGUAAAACUUUUCCAAAGUUUGAUGUGUAUCUUGGAGUUAACAAGUGGGAUACAGUAAGCUUUGGAAACGCCACGCUUAAUCCCUACGGGUACGAGACCGAAGAGAUUAUACAUAUAGCUUCACAGGAAUACAUAAAUAUCUGUUUGGUGAAUACAGGCCAUGGCACACCAUUUAUAUCAACCAUAGAUUUGAGGCCUUUGAAAAAUGAUACCUAUUCCAUCACUUCUCCAUCUGCUUUUGGAUCACUGGUUAACUACUACCGUGACGAUUUCGGUUAUUCAUCCAGCGACGACGACGAUGACGACUAUAUCAGGUACGUGGAUGAUCCCUUUGAUCGUCAAUGGAGAAUCUUCAUGCAACCUGAUUGGGUAAAAUUGUCUGAUUCAAGUAUUACAACUGCUGAUGCCUUUAGCAAGAAUGAUUACCAGUUGCCAGCAGGUGUCAUGAAUACCGCGAUCACACCGGCAAAUGCAAGUGAUCCAUUAGUGAUAAACUGGAGGCCAGAAAUUCCAAUAAGUGAUGUAUACUAUAUAUACAUGCAUUUUAUGGAGGUUGAGGCUGAGUCGAACAACAACGAAAUAAGGGAAUUUAACAUCUUUGUGGACGGUAAGCUAUUCUCUGAAAAACCCGUGCAGCCGCCCUACCUCUCUACAAAAACAAUCAGAGUCGUAGUCCCGAACUCGGUUGAUAUUUCACUCGAAAAAACGCCGCUUUCAACCCUGCCUCCCAUCAUCAACGCCAUUGAAGUUUACGAAUUAAUUCAAUUCCACCAAUUGGAUACAUUCCAAGCAGAUGUUGAUGCCAUCACAAGGAUCCAGUCCGUCUAUGGUUUGGCAAUAAGAGAAGAGUGGCAAGGGGAUCCAUGCGGCCCCGCAGGCUACAUGUGGGAGUGGGACGGUCUCAAUUGUACUCGUCAUCUAAAUGAAUCCCCUAGGAUUACUGCCUUAAAUUUAUCUUCUAGUGGAUUGACGGGAGCUAUAGAUCCUUCCUUUUCACACCUCACUAUGUUGGAAAAGUUGGAUUUGUCAAACAACCACUUGAAUGGCCAAGUUCCGGAGUUUCUCUCUCAAUUACAAAACUUAAAAAUUUUGAACUUGGCGGGAAAUAACCUCAGUGGUUCAUUACCUUCAACACUACUUGAGAAAUCUAACAAAGGUUUCUUAUCACUCAAUGUUGAUCAAAAUCCAUAUCUACUAUGUGAAUCUGGAGAAUGCAAAGUAAAAAAGAAGAAAAAGAAGACAAAGCCAUUCUUAGUAGCUGCAGCUAUUGGGCUUUCAGUCGUUUUAGUGGCAGUGACCGCCGCAGCUAUAGUCUGGACUCUUAAUAAAAGGAGAAAAACCAAAGUAGAAAUUACUCCAAAGGAGAUCAAGCAAGAGGAUGAUGUAUCACUCAAGUUCAAGAAUAAAAUCUAUUCAUACUCUGAUAUCCUUAAAAUCACCAACAACUUCUGUCAAAUCCUUGGUAAAGGUGGAUUUGGAACAGUUUAUAUGGGAUAUGUUGAUGAUGCUCCAGUUGCAGUGAAGAUGCUUUCUCAAUCCUCAGUUCAAGGUUAUCAGCAAUUCCAAGCAGAGGUUAAGCUUCUAAUGAGAGUUCAUCACAGAAAUUUGACCUCCCUUGUUGGAUACUGUAAUGAAGGAAGCAAUAAGGCUCUCAUAUACGAGUAUAUGGCUAAUGGAAACCUACAUGAACAUCUCUCAUCAGGUACCAAAUUCCUGAGCUGGAAAGACAGGCUCUGUAUAGCAGUAGAUGCAGCACAAGGAUUGGAAUAUUUACACAAUGGUUGCAAGCCACCUAUAAUCCACAGAGAUGUAAAAGCUUCAAACAUUUUGUUGACUGAAAACUUGCAUGCAAAAUUAUCUGAUUUCGGUUUGUCAAAGAUUAUCCCAAUCGAUGGGGGCAGUCAUGUUUCAACUGUUGUUGCCGGCACCGCUGGUUACUUGGACCCCAAUUACUACCAAUCAAGCAGAUUAACAGAGAAAAGUGAUAUUUAUAGUUUUGGAGUUGUUCUUUUGGAGUUAAUCACAAGUCAAGCAGCAAUAAGAAUGGCAGAAGAUGAUGAUGAUGAUGAUGAGAAAACUCACUUAAGUCAUUGGGUUAGUUCGAUGGUGGAGAGAGGGGAUAUCCAUGGCAUUGUUGACUCGAGGUUAGGGAGAGACUUUGACUGUAGCUCUGCCUGGAAGGUUGUGGAAACAGCAAUGGCUUGUGUGUCACAAAGCUCUAAUGAAAGACCAAUCAUGAGUGAGGUAUUGAUUGAACUCAAGAACGCUUUGGCCAUGGAAUUAAGUCAAACAAAAUAUGGUGGUGGUGGCAACAAAAGUAAUGGAGAUUCAUCGGUUGAACUAGUCUUUGUGAAUGUACAAAAUGAAUCCACUCCUCAGGCCAGGUAAUUAAGAGCUUGAUUGUCUAGGAUCAAGCUUGUUAAUAGGGUAAUAGUGAAUAAGAUCAAGGCACAAUUGCAAGUAGAAAGUGAUGUAUUACAACAAUAAGAUCAACUUGGACUUGCAUGCAAUCCUUCUGCCUUUUUAAUGAUCAAUCAUUUGUUGGUUUUCUUUCUCUUUUUUUUAAUGUAUCUUUUAUGCAAUGAAC